CUGAGAAUGAAUUUUUUCGCCAUAUUCAUCAUAUUAAUUAGCUCUUCCGUUAGUAUGUACAUAUUCUUCUACAAUAGAGGAAAUUUAACUAUUAAGAAAGAUUUAAGACAACCGGGACUGGAGAGUGAUCCUGAUUCAGUGGAUUUGAAAAAUCUUAAGAUACAAUACAUUCCAACGGAGGAAACAUUAAUUUGGACAAAACCGACGACAUGUGACAGAGAAUCGGGAUAUCAUACUUGCGUCGAUUGCUUUAAUGGUAAAUCCUAUGUAUCAGGAUAUAAGGUAAUACAAUCUUAUCCUGGAGUCAACUGUUCCCAUAGUACCUGCCACAAGAUAAACCCAGGAAGACAACCUGUUAAAUACCGGCAACAGAAAUACAUCAGGCCUCUGUCACCGAUUGAAGACAUGGUUACACUUGCGGUUAAAACUUCUAAACGAUUAGAUCUCGUCAAGCGGUUAUUACUCAGUGUAUGGGAUUUUUAUCCUAAGAUGAAAUGUAUUGUCAUCGAUGACUAUAACGAGGAUUUUGCACAGAACCCUGACCUUCAACACUUCUUCAACAAUUCAACAAAUGUGAUAUACCAUCAGGCACACAAUGAUGCAGGUAUUAGUUAUGGUAGGAACCUUGCAUUAAAUUUUGUAAAAACAAAAUAUGUGUUCCUCACUGAUGAUGAUAUGGUCUUUAGUAGUAAGACAAACAUUACUAAACUUGUUGACUUGUUAGAGCAUACUGAUUUAACAAUCGCUGGUGCGACAUGCAAACCCAAUCACCCCUUUGAAGGUGUAUUUAUGGUUCGUCCAACAUAUCCAAAUGCACAAAAUACAUCAACAAUGGCUUCUUAUGAAACUGUGGACCUACUGCAAUAUCCAUCUAUGUAUUUUGAAAGAUUACAGUGUUAUGGCCAAUGUUACGUCACAGAUAUUAUACUGAACGCAUUUCUUGCUCCCUUAGAGCAGCUGUUAAAGAUGGGGGGUUGGGACGCAAGUAUAAAAACACAAGAACAUAUGGAUUUCUUUUUGACAGUACGCAAAUUUGGAUUAAAAGUUGCCGAUUGUUUCGACGUCGAGGUACUUCACAGGUCACCAGCAAACAAUCCCCUUCGCAUGAAGAGGAUGAAGAAUUCAAAUAUUUAUUUCAAACUCAUCAAACAGAAAUGGAAUUUUUCAAAAUGGUUCUUGUGUAAUCCGAAAAGCGGUUUUUCCAGCCAUCAGAAGAUGAAAUUUCCAGACGAUUGGAUUUGCAGUACAUAUUUAAAUUUUGACAAAUUGUGAUUCACAAAGACUUCGAGAAAAAACAAUCAAAUUCAUGUCGAACAAACGUUUCAAAAUAAAUGGAAAAGUAGCUUAGGCCAAGUAUUCUGGGACAUAUCAAUAUGCACUUUAGCAUGCUCUUCUAGGUGGUGGUAGAUUUAAUUUGAGUAGUGUAGCAUAACUCAAUGGUGUGACAUAAAGUGGGUGGUGUUACAUAAAGUUAAUUUAUUCUAUUGUCGUAGUCUGGUAUCAUAUACGAUUUUGUCAGUUACUUCAAAAAGAAUUAAAAGAUUUACAAUCGAAGUAUUGCAAAACUAAA